AUGUCUUCGGAUCCUGAGGAUGAUUACGUGCCGUGGAUCCAACAGUUCUGCGAGUCCUUUGGCCAUGACUAUUUCGUUCCCGUCGCCCAAGAGUUUAUAGAAGACGACUUCAAUCUAACCGGCCUUUCCCUGCAAGUGCCCUAUUAUAGAGAAGCUUUGUAUACCAUUUUGGAUUACCAGGUGGAAACUUCAGAGGAUGCGCCUACCACCAAUGCCGGAAAUGGCCUGCGGUCUGGGUCCGGUAAACGGUCCGACUUGCCUAAUAAGCUGUUGCUAUCACACUCUGCAGAGCUCUUGUAUGGACUCAUCCAUGCUCGAUACAUCAUCUCCAAGCCUGGCUUGACGGCCAUGGCCAGCAAAUUCGAGAGAAGUGAAUUUGGAAUCUGUCCGCGCUACUACUGUGACGGCAUGCAUCUCAUUCCUGUGGGAGCCACAGAUAUACCGGGCCAGGAGACGGUGCGGUUGUACUGUCCAUGUUGCAGCGAUAUAUAUUUGCCACUGAGCUCACGAUACUUGAACAUUGAUGGUGCGUUUUUCGGGACUACGUUCCCGGGUCUUUUAGUUAAGAUGUUUCCCGAGAUCGAGAACCAGUGCAAGUUGCGUAUCAACAAGGUCAACCAGGACAAUUUCGGCAUACGAUUAUUUGGUUUCAAGAUUCAUGAAUCAAGUGCUACGGGGCCACGCAUGAAGUGGUUGCGCCAGUAUCCGGCGCUGGAAGAGGAGCGUCGCGAAUAUGCCGAGUGCGAGUUGGAGUUGCCGCCUGCGAAUGAUGGUGGCGUGGAUAUGUCUGUUUCUGAGGCCAGCGAGAUCGAGCCGGAUUUCGAUGACGAUAGAACUAUGGCCAGCGAAGGCAUCUGA